GGAUCCAGGGUGAAAUUGAAACGCGUCCUCCUCUCGACAGGGCUGCUCUCACUUAAGACCCAAGAGCUUAUUCCGUCGCUGAUCAUUGGGAUGUCAAUACAUAACACUCGUUCGUCUCCCAGAAGAGCCGCCAUUUCUUCUCCUUUGUUGAUUUUUUUUCGCUCGCAGUUUGAGCUCUUACCUUGUUUCUUUUCUUUUCUUUUCUUUUUUUUUUGUUUGGUCAUUGAACCAGAUACCCUAAGCCCGUGUGCAAAAUGAGACUAGAGCCCUUGGGUUGGCCGACAGCGGUUUUGGCCUUUGCAUCGAGCGUUCUGGGCAACAGCAUUCAAUUCAGUCCUGGAGGCCGAGCUUCUGGGUUGAGCUUCCGUGUCAACGUUCCAACAUCUACGGCUUCCUCAAGAUCAGGCCCAAUUUACUUUCAAAUUUCAGCCCCGAACGAUGUCCAAUGGGUUGGCCUAGGCCAAGGAGCCGGCAUGGACGGUGCCAACGUUUUCAUGCUUUAUUCCGCAUCCUCCACAAAUGUGACGCUGUCGCCGAGGUUAGCCGCGGGCUACUUCGAACCUGAAGUGAAUCCGGAUGCCAAAAUUUCGCUCCUCGAAGGCACGGGGAUCUCAGACGGCAGGAUGGUUGCAAAUGUCAGAUGUGACACCUGCAUGUCGUGGGAAGGAGGGAUGAUGGAUCCUACAGAUACUGCUAGCCCAUGGAUAUGGGGUCUGAAAAUGGGAUCCUCCAUUGAUUCGUCGGAUACUGACGAAGACCUCCAACAACAUGAUGUUAUGGGCACGUUCACUCUUGAUCUGACAAGGGCUGUCGGCGGCAGCUCCGACAAUCCGUUCCAGGAUAUCCCUUCAAAUGACCCCCCGCCCCCGACCUCCACCAAUUCCAACGGCGCCGUGCCUGUACAGGGAGGAAGAUCAGCAAUCGAAAUUAAACGCAUCGCUCACGGAUUGAUUAUGUCUAUCGUCGUUGUGGUCCUAUUCCCUCUUUUCGCGCUGAGUCUUCAAGUUAUCCCCUCCAGAGCCACCGUCCCAUAUAUCCAUGCGCCACUCCAACUGGUCGCACUAUGUUUGGCAAUCGCAGGUUUUGGCAUCGGAAUCUCUUUGGCAUUGGAUCUAGGGGUUAUAUCUGGUUAUCAUCCGGUUAUAGGCCUUAUCAUGAUAGGAAGUUUGAUCCUUUUCCAGCCCGCUCUCGGUCUACUCCAGCAUAUGCAUUUUCGAAAGACAGGCGAAAGGAGUUCCUUUGGUGAUCUUCACCGAUGGGGUGGUCGACUUUUGAUUGUCUUGGGCAUCGUCAAUGGCGGUCUGGGCUUCAAAUUUAGUGGAAUUGGUAAUCCCACCGUACCGAGAGCAGGUGUCAUUGCAUAUGGAGUGAUCGCGGGCGUUAUGGGCCUUGUAUAUGUCGCAAUCGUCCUGGUGAAGUCUUUGAAACAGGGAGGCAAUGCUCAAAUGAAGCCCAUUGGGUCGAAUGGCAACACGCCCCCAAAAGGUUCGGCCGAACAAAGUAUCACGCAUGAUACAUAGUUUUCUCAUACAUGCUGUUUAUUUUUUUAUAUUUUUUGUUAAUGGCAAAACUUCGUUAUCGCGCACCACUUCUGUAUAUAUUCAUGUUUUCUUUCUUCCCUAUGGAUAGAACCAUUUGUCUUAUCUAAAGCUAUUUCAAAUAGGAGUACUCCUGCGAGUAUAAUGGGUGGAGUCUGCUCGCUAGGGUUGACACAAUC